CGCUGAAGCACGUCUCGCGAGAUGUCUGUUUGCUCCGCAACUUGGUCAGCAGUCGUUCGUUCCUCCAUUUCGCUGCGUCGAAAGUCUCCUCCCCGCAACCGCUAGAUUCAGCGAUUCCGGACCCAGUCUCUCUCGGAUCGUUCUUUGACUUGAGCCUGCGAACCUGCCAGUACCUCACUGGGUACCGAGAGACAGUUUGGAAAAGUCUCAACACGGAUUGAGUACGAUUUGAAGCGGAUGGCGACUCCUUCAGCGAGAAUUUAGUAAAAGAAAAGUGCUCGGAAAUUUCAGAUCCUCAGAUGCAGCGGUACCCUUGAUCUCAGCAUCCUGGAAGUGGAAAUCACGGAAGAGACUGGUGCUUCAUCACAUACAGGUUUAGUGUGUAGCAGUGCCGGUUCUAAAGCAGGACAGUUUGGGGAAGAGGUGGUGCAGCAGCGCACCUGUCCGGCAGUGGCUGUGCUGGGUGGCACCUCCGUGGUUGCGCAGAAUGUGGCCGGGCCUCCCCAGCAUGCCCUGCAGCCAGUCACAGCUGCCACUCUACCACCAUCAUCGGUUGAUGUCGCCACUGGAUCGCAGCAGAAAGGAGACUCAAAGGUUGCAUGUAAAGAACAGACCAUCGCUUACGUUCAAAGAAACAGUGGCACCGAGGAAUCAGCGGAGAUAUCAGCUGCCCAAAGAGGACUGGUGUCAGCUACUGCUGAAGACACACAAAACCUUACAGACACAUUGGAGGGUCAGACUGCCUCAGACAGACUUUUUGAGAGCGGGACAGAUAGCAUUACGCAGAAACAGGAUUUGCUGUACAGGUGUAACACAGAGCAAGCAAGUCUUGCAUACAGGGAGACCGAUAUGGCGGAAGGAUCCGGCACAGACCACUGCCAAGAUUGGAGCCAACACCCUGGAGAUGCAGGGGGUGUCUCUACCCCUAUUGAGACAGAAAAGGGACCCUUGCCUCCAGAGACAAUCAAAUUGGACUACAAGAACAUGUCUGGAAAGCACGCACCUGAAGAAAGCCCCUGUGUCCCAACAACAAAAGUCAUCCCAGCAGUCUCAAGUGCAGUUAAGACAACAGGCAGAGACAUGGAGCAGCCCCAAACAACUCCCCUUUUUCAGACAAAUCAGACUGCCACAUCUGCGUUUGGCAUCCCACAGAAACAAAGUACGACAAAUUCAGCGAAGCAGGAUUGUAAACUUGAGUCUAAGGAGGCUAUGGAAGUUGUCACGCAAGAUCUGGCUAAAACAGACAAAGAAGGAGCAGUUAGUCCAAUUAGACAAACCUUGGGAACAAAACAAGGUAAUAGUGGAAAUUCCCUUUGCUCAGGAUAUGCAUCAUCAAAACAAGAAGGGGAGCACAUUACCCUCAACAGUGGAAAUAGCAUGCCAAAUGACCCCGAUAAGGGCAGCUGUUAUCCCCCAGAGGACUGCAGUAAAACACAAAAGGCUUUACAAAGGACAAAAACACCUGGUGUGCCCACCCCGCCUGAGAAUACACAGUGUGUGCAAGAGCUAAGCUCUCAGUAUGUAAGUUUAAGUGAAACCCCCAAAAUGUUUCACUUGGGUAAAGAGACUAGUGCAAGGGAGGGGCAAGGAAACGAGAAAGUCCCUGUAGAUGGUCAUCUGUGUUUUAAUGUGGCUGCUAAAGAAGUAUUUCGCAACAUUUCUGUUGAUGAACCAAAGCUGUCUGGGCAUGGGACAUGCACUGACAAUGUACAGGUGAAUGAAAGGUCACAAGUCAUGGUUUGCGGCUCUUCUGAUGUGAUUUUGAAGCAGAAUGACAGUGCCAAUCGAAUAGAAAUAUCCAUGUCUUCAAAUCACCAUCAGGAUGGGAGCGUGCUACUCACACACAAGGAGAACUGUGUGACUUUAGAGGGGCUAGAAUCAGAUCAGCCAAAUCUUUCUGACUGUAUGGUCCAACAUGUACAAGAGUCCCUUCCAGCUGAUCAUAAACUCUCACAGAUUCAGAUAUGCCUGAAUGAUACUGCAGAUAUUGUGAAUGUGGAAGAGAGGCAGGAAGUGAGUGCAGAGGCUCUCAGUGCUGUUGAGGUGAAAGAUUUGAUCGAUGUAGGUAUUUUAAUGCAGCCAGAUAUGGAGGAUACCUGGCUGGUUGUAAGCGAGAUAGAUGGGCAGUCUGAGCAUGCAGAGAUGGAGGUCAGCGAGGAGUCUCUGGUGCAGUGCCCUGAAUCCCAGUCAACUGUUGCUGUAUAUGAAUGCACUGUGCCCUGCUUUACAUCAGCUGCCCUUCACAGUGAUGUUAAGCUGCUGUUAACUGACAAAGAAGAGGAGAAACCAAUGGAAACAUUGAUGCAAGACUUGCAAGCCCAGAGUAAUCUAGGGAAUCAGACCUCAUCUCGUCCUGAUGCACUCAAACCCACAGAAGAGUUACUUACCAUGCCCUCUACGCAAAAAGAAGAAUCUAUAAUUGUCAAGCAAAAUGAUGAUUCAAGUCAGACUGAUCUUGCAAACACGUUGACAGGGUUAACAUGCACGGUGAUGGACGUCACACUUGACUCUGUGCGAGAACAGCAAGAAUCUGGUGUGGUGGAAAACACACCAGGUGUGUCAUUAAUUUCAUUGUCUUGUGGCACGAUUGAUCCAAAGCUACUGAUCUUAAAGAAGGCUGACAGCCCUGCCCUUAAGCAACCUUCUUCCCUGUCUGCUAGGAUCUCAGCCAAGCAGAACUCACCUGUCCCGGUUGAAACACCCAGUGAUGGAUUCAAUAAAGCUUCAGAGUGCCUUGCUAAAACUUAUACAGCUGCGUCCUCCACCAUAAAGGAGGAUGCUAUGUUGCCUGCUGACCGCCCUGUCUCAAACACUCUCUCUCAGUCCUCUCGGACUGUUUCCACUUCUAAUGUACUUUCACAGAACAGCUCUGAGAAAGAAAACUUAAAUAAAUUAAAUAGUUCUGACAAGUUGCUUCAAAACGAAUCCUCUGCUAAUACUUCUUUAUCAACUUCAGUACAACUCCAUAACUCACAAAGCCACCUUCCUCCUCCUGCUGGAGAUGUGUGGGGUACUGCAUCCAGUGUUGUCCCAGAGGGGAAUCGGUGUAAACAGUCUUUGGCUGGUACACCAUGCCAGGAUUCAAUGUCUUUGGGGGGGGAACUGGAGCUGGAGCAGCAACAGUUACUGGAUGAACUUUUGUCAACAACGCAGGAUGCUCAAAACACCAUCCUGGAGCCACUUGAUGCUUCUAUAGAAGAGAGCAGCGAUGGAGAGGUUGACAGCUCAAUGGAGGUCCAGAAUGAGGAUAGCAAUGCUACGCCCAGUCCAGCAGCGAACAAGCGUGGGCAGAGCAGGACAGACAAACAAGGCUUGUUAUUGAAGGUUUGCCAGUGGAUUGCAGGCAAGGUUACAGCAGUCUCUACCCCUUCCACCUCCCCUGUUCCAUGUCCAUCUCCAUCUCCCUCAUCUGGUGACUGGAUGCGUUCUCACACAGGCAGGGCCUCACCAGUACGCAACUCUCAUGGCAGAAACAUGCCCUCCACUUCGUCCCAGGGUUAUGUUGGCUGUUCUCAGUCAGAGCAAACAACCACACUGAAAUCCACGCCAAAGCAUACAGAUAUGGCAGAACUGGCAAAACAUGAAGCAGAAAUAGAACAUCGUACCCUUGCACUAAAACGUGAAGGUUUCUGGUCCCUAAAACGUCUGUCUCGUAUAACCGAACCAGUACGGCCCAAAGUGCAUUGGGAUUACCUCUGUGAGGAAAUGCAGUGGCUCUCUGCAGAUUUUGCACAAGAGAGGCGAUGGAAAAGAGGUGUGGCCCGAAAGGUAGUACGGAUGGUGAUGCGCCACCAUGAGGAGCUGAGACAGAAGGAAGAGAGAGCGAAACGAGAGGAGCAGACCAAACUGAGAAGAGUUGCUUCUUCUAUUGCCAAGGAGGUCCGUUCCUUCUGGAGCAGCGUCGAGAAGGUGGUCCAGUAUAAACAACAGUCCAGACUGGAAGAGAAGCGGAAGAAGGCUCUAGAUCUCCAGCUGGAUUUCAUCGUGGGUCAGACAGAGCGUUACUCGGACAUGUUAAGUCAGUCCCUGCAGGCUGCUCCUGUACACAGUUCAGACACUGCAGCUGUCUCCAAACAAUCACAGCUAAAUGCUGUUGAUGAAGAUGAUAGAGACUUUGAGCCACCUUGUGAGGAGGAGGAUGAUGAAGAGACCAUAGAAGUAGAGGAGCAACAAGAGGGAAAUGAUGCAGAGACACAGAGACGAGAGAUAGAGUUACUAAGGGAGGAGGGCACUCUGCCUCUGGACCAGCUGCUCAGUACUUUAACUUUCCCCCAGGACGUUGAAUCAGAAGAAGAAGCCUCGUAUACUACAUCAUCUACGGUUGAAGAGGAAGACAAAGAAUUUAGUGCCAAUGAAGAAGAUGCGGAAGAUGAAGAAGACACAAUUGCGGCCCAGGAAGUUAUUGAAGGAGAUGGAGACCAUGCAGAGGAACUUGAUGAUAUAAGUAACUGGGGUCCACAUCUGAUCAUUGUGCCUACCAGUGUAAUGCUCAACUGGGAGAUGGAGUUGAAACGUUGGUGCCCAGGAUUCAAAAUCCUCACCUACUAUGGUAGCCAGAAGGAGCGCAAACUCAAGAGACAAGGCUGGACCAAACCCAAUGCUUUCCAUGUCUGCAUCACCUCGUAUAAGCUAGUACUGCAAGAUCAUCAGGCUUUUAGACGUAAGUCUUGGAGGUACCUCAUUUUGGAUGAAGCCCAGAACAUCAAGAACUUUAAGUCCCAGCGCUGGCAAAGCCUGCUAAAUUUCAACAGCCAGAGGCGACUGUUGCUCACUGGUACCCCUCUCCAAAACAGUCUAAUGGAGCUGUGGUCUCUUAUGCACUUCCUUAUGCCGCACGUUUUUCAGUCCCAUCGUGAGUUCAAGGAGUGGUUCUCAAACCCACUCACUGGGAUGAUUGAAGGGAGCCAGGAGUACAACGAGGGCUUGGUCAAACGGCUUCACAAGGUGCUGAGACCCUUUUUGCUUCGAAGAAUCAAAGCAGAUGUGGAGAAACAAAUGCCAAAAAAGUAUGAGCAUGUUGUGCGCUGUCGACUCUCCAAAAGACAGCGUUUUCUCUAUGAUGACUUCAUGGCCCAGGCCUCGACUCGAGAGACUUUAGCCAGCGGUCAUUUCAUGUCUGUGAUCAACAUCCUGAUGCAGCUGCGGAAAGUGUGUAAUCACCCCAACCUGUUUGAUCCAAGGCCCAUACAAUCCCCCUUCAUCACAAAGGCCAUAGUCUAUUCUACUGCUUCACUGGUUCAGCGGGCUCUUGAGACCUCACCUUUUGAGCGCUGUGACUUGUCCUUGUUUGACCUGAUUGGCCUGGAGCAGCAUGUGUCUAGAUACCAGGCAGAUGUUUUCCUGCCUCAGAGGAAAGUGACACAUCAGCUUAUUCAGGAGAUCAUGGAGUCCCCUGAUCCUCCUCCCAGACCGAAGCCUGUUCGCAUGAAAGUCAACAGGAUGCUUCAGCCUGUUCCUAAAUCUGAUGGGCGUUCAUCAGCAAACAGCCCUCGUCCUAGCACCACGACGGUUCAGACUCCAAAGCCUCUAAUUACAGAGGUCACCCCUUCCCAAACUCCCUCCCAGCCAGCACCUCAAGUUUGUCCUGUUACUCCUGUUGCUGCUCCAAGAACUCCAGUGGCUCCUAGCAACGUCCCUUCUGCACCUGCAGUCAGGCCGCCAGCCCCCCAGCCAGUGACUGUACGCCCCUCAGGACCAUCCAGCGUCACAACUGUGUCCACUCCCCCUCAACCACCAAGCAACAUUAUGACUCAGAGGGUCCUUCUCAGCCCAGAUAUGCAGGCUCGUUUGCCAUCCGGUGAAGUUGUGAGUAUCGCUCAGCUGGCCUCCCUGGCUGGCCGACCAGUGUCGUCCUCUCAGGGCAGUAAACCAGUCACCUUCCAGCUACAGGGCAACAAGCUCACACUCUCUGGGACUCCUCUGAACCAGGUUCCUGUUCCUCAGCCACGACCCAUCCAAGGAAAUGUAAUGCAUCUGGUUUCCAGUAGUGGGCAGCACCACCUUAUUAGUCAGCCAGCUCAGGUGACAGUUCUUCACACAGUUAGUCAGUCAGGUAGCAGCUCAGCAAAUCCCCACCCAACCAGCACAAUCCCAACCUGCUCUGGACUAGCAGUACCUUUCACCGUUACUCAAGUCCCAACACCCAUGGUAAGUGGACCCGGAAUUGUAAAGAUUGUUGUACGCCAGGCACCAAGUAAAGAAGGAGGGUCAAUCCCGACUCUGGCUGUGCCUCCUUCUCCUCGUCCUGCUCCUCCUCAAUCGGUCACCCUUCACCCACAUGGCACUUCAAGCCCUGUUCUUAGAGCACCCACUGUUUCACAGCCUCCACAACGGCCUCCGGUUUAUGCUGCUCCACCUCGAACUGUUGCUUCCUCCCAGACUCCACCUACUCGUCCUGUAUUGAGAGUAGUGCAGGGACCACCACCACCAGCCCCAGAACCACCAGUAACAAAGGCAAAAUCAUCAUUAGUACGUGAGGACAGUGGUAAUGAUGUGAUUACAUUGCGCAUGAGCACUCCUAAGCCUGCAUCCUCAUCUCAGAGCAGUGGGUCAACAUCUCAGCGUCCCCGUGUUCAGCCGCCACCUCCACCACGUUCCCCCUUCUACAUGUCAUGGCUUGCAGACUGCCGAAAGGCUCAGCGAGACAACCGAAUCUCUCAAAUCAUGCGCAUCAACGAUCUGCACUGCAGUGCUAACCCUGUGUAUGGCCAUGAGGUGCUGGACUUUCUAACCUUCCUCCCAGGCCCUUGUCCAUCUCCACCACGUCCUGUUAUAAACAACUGGAGUUACUCAGGUUAUAGCUCCUGCCUCACUGCUCAAUCACACCAUACCAGUAGCUUCCUGGAAAAGAGCCAAGUCCUGAAGGAAGCCAUCCACCACUCAGAGGAGAGGCUUCAACUUCUCUCUGAGAUCAUAGAAAGGUUCACUUUUGUCAUUCCUCCAGUGGAAGCAAAGCCUAUCACCAUGCACACUUGCCACCCACCUCCCUCCCUCAGACACCAGCAAGGCCAUAUGUCCUCUGUUCUAUCUUCCCAUCUCUCCCCACUUACACAAACGCUCCAUCGCAUACAGUGUAACAUGAGGACACAUUUCCCUGACUUGAGGCUUAUUCAGUAUGAUUGCGGUAAGCUGCAGACACUCCACCUCCUGCUUAGAAAAUUGAAGGCAGAAGGGCACAGAGUCCUCAUUUUCACUCAGAUGACACGUAUGCUGGAUAUACUUGAGCAGUUCCUCAACUACCAUGGGCACAUUUACCUACGGUUGGAUGGAAGUACACGUGUAGAACAGAGACAGGCUCUGAUGGAGCGCUUCAAUGCAGACUGUCGCAUAUUCUGCUUCAUCCUGUCCACCCGCAGUGGAGGUGUAGGUGUUAAUCUGACUGGGGCAGAUACAGUGGUGUUCUAUGACAGUGAUUGGAAUCCAACCAUGGAUGCCCAAGCUCAGGACCGGUGCCACAGAAUUGGACAGACAAGAGAUGUUCACAUCUAUAGGCUAAUCAGUGAACGCACAGUUGAAGAAAAUAUUUUGAAAAAAGCCAAUCAAAAGAGGAUGUUGGGAGAUAUGGCAAUUGAAGGUGGAAACUUUACCACUACCUUUUUCAAGCAGCAAACUAUCAGGGAGUUGUUUGAUGUGUCAGAGGGAGAGAGGAAAGAGGCUGAAUUGAGUGUGCCUCAGUCAGAUGAUGAUGAGUCUGUAAAUAAACAACAAACUACUAUUUUGGAACAGGCCCUGUGUCGUGCUGAGGAUGAAGAGGAUAUAGUGGCUGCAUCUCAAGCCAAGGCUGAGCAGGUGGCUGAGCUUGCAGAGUUUAAUGAAAACAUCCCUCUGGAUGAUGGUGACAGCAGAGACCAGGAAGAGGAGGAGCUCUCCAAGGCUGAGCAGGAAAUCGCUGCCCUAGUUGAACAGCUCACUCCCAUAGAGCGAUACGCCAUGAAUUUCCUUGAGGCUUCCCUUGAAGAUAUUUGCAAAGAGGAGCUGAAGCUGGCAGAGGAGCAGGUUGAGGCUGCAAGGAAAGGGUUGGAUCAGGCAAAGGAAGAAGGUUUGAAACUGCAUCAGUCAUCUGACAGUGAUGAAGAGGAUUCCAUACCUCCCAGUACUGAGGAACCUACUCCAUCCCGUCGCCCUCGCAAACACAAAGAGAAAGGUGCACCUUCUACAAGGGUUAGUGGCAGACUCAGAGGGACACCUGCUGAUGAUAUAUCCCUAACCCAGCCAUCCCCAGAGAGAGGCAGGCGGGGAGCAUGGAUGAACUCUGAAUGCAAUAUGAGCCAAACCCUUGAGUCAAAACAAAAGUCGCCCCUACACAGAGAAGUGCCCGAGAAGCUUUGCAGUGGUCAGAGAGGGCGAGGGACAACCAAAGAAUCUGUGUCCCUUACAUCUUCAGAAAACCAGACAGUUCAAACCAACCAGCAACUCUCAGAUUCAACAGCUUUGUCCCCUACUAUGCGGGGUUCAGACCCAAAAAUUAGAUGUGUGCCAUCCCCCCACCAGCAGCCCAUCUCCCCAUCAAGCUCUGUGCCUUCAGCUGCUGCAUCUCCUGCAAUGGACAAAAACUCUAGUGGCCAUCAGUCCUCCUCCUGUACUGCAUGCAGAGAGGACAGUGAAGAGCAGGGGGGAGAGGCACUGUCUGAAACUGUACAGUGUAGCAGGAGAGAUAGGAGAACCUCUGCGUCAUCAGACUCCAUUUGUUCUCCUGAGCAUCACUCUGAACAGGAUGGUCAGCUGCCCCUUUCUCCUACUCUGGCAUCACCUAACUCUCGCUCACCACGAAAGCGGCAGUCGGCUGAAAGGGAAAUCCUCAAGGGACUUCCAGAAGAUUCCCCAUCAGCCAAGGUCCUUCGAAAGCUUCCAGGUCGUCUGGUCACAGUGGUGGAAGAGAAAGAGCCCAAGCGGAGACGGAGGGGCUUGAGUGGAAGUGGAGGAGCACACACUGAGGGGUCAUCAGAGGAAACUGAACAGGCUGAGCCAGUUCCAGACCCAGCCUCUCAAUCAUCUGAUGGAGGAAGUCAAAUUCAUAAAGACUCUUCUCCCAAAUCAGUGCCCACAUCCUUAGCUUCUUCACCACCACCACAAGAGCAGGAUCAGGCCUCCUCUCCAUUACAGAUUAGUCCAGGUAGAGGGCACCACCCUUGUUCCCCAGCACACUAUUCACCAGAUAUGCCUGUCCUACGGAACUUACCAGUACGCCGAAGGCUUGAGACAGAGUCUCGAAUGGCUGCACAGUUAGGAGAGCAAUUUGUAGGACGAGGUAGAGGGGUGGAUCGGAGAUCUGUUUUCUCACCAAAGAAACCAGAAACAAAUUCAGACAAGGAUAGGGCUGCUCCAAGUGACUCUAUGGCAAUGAAGCGCAAGAGGGGCAGGCCACCUAAAACACCCCCACAGGCACUAGAGCUGCGAGAAGAGAAGACACCAGUAACCCAGAAAACCAGUCCUGAGCGGAAUCCCUCUCACUCACCAAAAAGGAAAAGGGGUCGUCCCCGUAAAGAUUCCACCACAACUACAAGCUCAUCCCCAUCUUCUCCUUCUACAUGUGCUCCUUCCUCCCAGGAGCCUAAUUUGUCAAGGUCCAAUGUUAUGCCUGUGACUUUGCCUGCUGUCAGUAAUACUUCACCAAUAAGCUUUCCACUCAACCCCACUUCACCCUCAAAUGCUGCUGAAGUAUCAUCUUCUAAACUAGAUUCUGAAACGAAUCAAAAAACUACAUCUGAUUUACUGUAUUCUAUGCAUAGAGACUCUCAAAAUAUGUCAUCGUCUACAUCAGAACUUGGUGUAGACUCACAUGGUGAAACUCACACCAAUCUAAACCCCAUAAUUGUAUGCAUUGACUCUGACACCAGUACAUUUGAAACUUCACCACACAACACUUCACCAGCAACAAUCUCUCAGACAUGUACAGCUUCUUCCCCUACACUACAUCCUCCAAGUCCUCUCAGAGAGCCUCCCACUUGUACUGUCUCCAUCCACGAAGAGGAACUUGCCCAUACACCUGUACUUUUUGAGACCAGUGAAAUCACAGCAUCUUCAGAGCCUUCAAAGGUCUCCGCGACUGCUGUAGAAAUCAAGGAAGUUUCACUCACAGUUAAUCAGCAAAAAGAUCAUUUGCAGUCCUCAAAUACAUUGACUCAAGUCACUUCACAGCCCUUACACAGAACCAGUACAACUGAAGACUCUCCACAAACCUCUGUAGAACACAUGUGCAGUAUAGCUGUAUCUCUUACUCCCACUCAUCAGUCAUCCACCCAACCUUCUCCUUCACCUUCUUUGACUUCUGGGAUUAAGCCAGAAUCAUCUUCAUUUAAAUCGGAGGCACAAGAACCUACUGUUACACUGACUGUGUCAACAGUCCAACAAUCCACACCUAAGUCUGAUCAAACUUCUGUUCCUCCCUCACAACCUCAAACUACAGACAUCGAAGCAGCAACAGAUUCAGCACUUGAAUCUCACAAAAUGUCUUCAACGUCUUCACAAUCUCCAUCCACCACUAAUCAGAUAACAACUAAUUCUUUGUCCACAUCCAAUUAUACAGAUGCAGAUUCUUCUCAGUCCAAAAACAUGCCAGUGGAGACCAUGGCUGAUAAUCAUGAAGGCCAACAUUCACCCAAGGAGGAGGUUGUAACUGAGGAAGAGGUUGUGACUAGGGAGACAGAGAAAAUGGAAAUAGACAGUGUUGCUGAGGAUGAUGCAGGAGAAAAAGACGGCAUCUUAUCUCAGCUAAAAAGAAGGAAAUUGGUUAGAUUGCCAAAGGAACAGACACCCGGUGCCUCAGGAGUUGCCUCAUCAAAUUCAGAUAUCGAGUCCCAUGAUGACCCUAAGAUUGAUGGACCUGAUAAGCCAUCAGAAGAGGAGUCAAGAAAGUAUAAAGAGACCAGAACUUCUGCCAAAAAACGAAGCAUCAGUAGGCAAAGCAGCCAGGAGUCAGUCCGUUCCUCUUCCCCAUCUUCUGUAUCCUCCUGUGGAACAAGAUCAUCCCAGUCCAAAAAGGCUGGAGAGAGUAGGAGGCCAGCUAAAAGGAAACAGGAAGAUACAAAGUCUGAAAAAGAAAAAAAUGAAGAAGAGUCUGACAAAAAGCACCAGUCCAACUCUUCCUCCUCAUCUUCAGACUCUGAAGACUUUAAUAGCAUAAAAAGAUGUUUGACAAGAUCGGCUCAAAAGAAGUUGGAGAAAGGUGGCGUGAUUGAUAAAAAUGAAGAGAGCAGUAAAAGACAACAGGGGAGUUCAGACAAGAAGGGUAAAACCACCAAUACCACAGAAGGGGAGUCCAGUGGUGAAACGUGUUCAAAAGUAACCCGGAAAUCUGCAGGCCCACAACCCAAUACUUUAGCCUCCCCUGAACCUGAGGUACUGGGCAAACGCUGCUCAGCCCUUAAUGCUGCUGCCAAGCUCUUGGCAAUGAGGGGGAGAGGACCAGACACACCCAGCCCCAGGAGUAAGACUGCUACACAACAAAGCAAACCGCUGUCCUCUGAAAAAAGCAGUAAACCCAAGGGUAAAACAGGACAGGAGUCUCCCAAGAUUUCUAACAGUAAAGCAGGGAGUGGCAGGCAAACCCCCAAUCAGUCAAAUGAAUCACCACAGUCCUCUUCUUCUGCUCGAUCCACUCGGCAGCGACCGGGCAGCCUUGUUCCCCCCUUGGAAACAGAAAGGGUUAAAAAAGAAGAAAAGAAAAAGACAUCUGAUCAGAAGGAAGAAGGUGAAGAUGAAAAUAGAGAGACUAGGUCUUCAGGAGGCCAUAGUGCCUGCAGUAGUAUAAGUAGUGAAAGAGGAGCAGGCAGCAGUAGAAGUCGGAGUAGCAGCAGCAGCAACAGCAGCCAGCGCACCCACAGUUUGAGCUCGCAGAGUACAGAGCCCACCCGCUCUCGUUCCAGGGCAGCAUCCUCUGGUAGUGAUACAGAGAGAGGCAAAAGUAUUUGGCAUAAGAGUGAUGGAGGCAGAGGCAGGGAGAGCAGGAAAGAGAAGAGGUCCCAGAAGCAGGACAAACUUGAACUGAGUGCUGGAUCCAGCGACGGGACCCUGAACAGGGUUCUCAGGAGUGUAGCUGCAAUAGCAGCUGCUCAGGCACGUACUCCAGCUAGCAACACACGUUCUUCAUCCACCCAAAACCGGCACUCCAAGACGUGAUGGGUACAGAGAAAUUAUCUUUAGGUUUAAACAAGGAGUUAGACAAGAACUAUUUUUUGGGAGGAAAGUGGGUCAAUUUCAUUUAAAGGCCAUGGUUUAGCUGUAUGAGACAAGACGGAAAAAAGAGAUCUGUUGCACAUUGUGAUUAGAUCUGACCUCGCCUUUGCCCUCUCAGCUAUCUUAAGUCAAGCCAUUUAUAAUGUGGAAAGGGUCUAUAGAUUCAGGACAAUGAUGAAGAUUUGGUCACCUAUUUAAAAAUAUGUCCUAAUAAUUUGAGUUAAAACCUGGAUAAUAUUUUACCCUACCACAAAGACUUUGGAGCUUCAAAGUAGCUGGGCAAGAGGCAAGAUUUAUUAUUUGUUCACACUAUGUACUGUAAUCAUAAAGACUGAAAGACUGGAAGUACAAUGUGAAGUAUGUGUUAAAAGAUUGGUCGCAUAGAUUGUACACUUUUUACAAAGUUUACGAGUGCUGCAAACGGUAUUGAUGAGGAAGAAAUUCAUUAAUGCUACAUUGAAAUUAUUUAGUGGGGAUUGUACAAUUGUAAAGUUUUUAGACUGUUGCAUUCUGGAACAUUUGUCAGCUGUUUUGACUGUUUUUUUUGUUUCAAGUCAGUUGAUAAAUUAUGAAAAUAUCUUCUUUAUCUUCCAGGGUAUGAAGAAGAGGGCAGGUCUAAAAAAAAUAAAUAAAAAAUGUGAUUAUUUUUUUCUCUCUCUCUACACUAUGCUGGAGUUACUAUUUGCUUAGAUCACCUGUCCUGUGUAAUGUUUCAGUCCAUUACUUUAAAAUUUUGCUGCUGCCUGCUUUUCCCCAUUUGCACAUCUGAAAUGUCCCAGACAUUGGAGGAUUGCAUUGUUGUUUAGGAUUUUAUUUUUCUUCAGAACAUCAACUUGUCAGUACGUCUUUACUGUUACCUUACUGCAUUUUGUAAGCUCUAAAGUAAGUGUAUCUCUUGAGCUUGUGAUGAA